AUGUCUAGUUCGUGUAACCGAUUAGCAAGAGCUGAUCAAUCAGCGGGCGCGCAGGCAAAUGACGUUGAUAUCAGUCAUAUCGAACGAUCAGUGAGUGCAUUUCCAUCGUUAGCUGAGUCAAAGAGUAAUGCAACAUUAAUGUCAGAACCGACAACGAGCAAAAAAGAACAAGGGCAACGUUCUCAAUCACAUCAGCCAUUUGUUCGUCGUAGAGUAUUACAUUCAGUUGUACCAGAAUCAAAUUUUCUAACACCUGCAACACGGCCACAAGAGUAUGGUAAAAUUGGUCAACCAAUUAAAGUUUUCGUCAACCAAUUUAAAGUAACAGUUGAUAGUACUUUUGUUAAUCAAUAUGACAUUGAUAUACAAAUGAGUGGUCGCGAUAAAUCAUUACAUUUAGCCAAUAAAGAUGAACGCUGGGAAACAUUACAGCGUAUUGCAAAACGUGAAAAAUUUCCCGUCGUUUGGUACGAUGAAGGUGAAAAUCUGUAUACCCGUGCAAAUUUAGCAUGCUUCACAAAACCAUUCCAGAUAACAAUCAAAAAUAAUGAUGAAGAUAAAAGUUUUCAAUGA